UUGUUGACCUAUUCUUAGUAAUUUGUUGGUGUAUGAGAAGAUCAUGGUCGUCGGCGUGGUUGACCCACUAUGGAUAUUAUCCGCAGUUUCCUUGUCAUGCCAGAUGUUGGGGUAAUGUCCAUUCUCAGUACAUUGAUACUGAGUUGAGAAUAUCUUAUGCCCGUAAAUUUGAGCUUCUUGACCGAUUCUUUCUGGGGUGUUGUACUGGGAUAUAUUCGGUGAAUGUUUAGAAUUCCAGGUGUGAGCCUUCGACAUGUUGACUGUUCGACUUGGCUGUUGACGAUUUUUCAUUGACCCUUCACGUCAUUCACGUUUGCUUUUUUGCUACCAGCCCGAAUCCAUGGGGUAUAACGUAAUAUAACUCCAACAUCAAUAUGACCAAAUUGAAUCCGCUUUUCAUGUGGCUUCGAGACAUCCUGUUGAGGCAUUUGGGUCGAGGUGACACUGGCCUCCCUCCAUUAUGUCAAUAUGGCACACGAUAUUCCAACAAUGCGAGCGACAAGUCUGGUUCAAAUAAAUAUAAAUAUGACUUGAUGAGUGCCGUUGUCUCAAUCUCAUCAACAUUACUACCAUCUUUCUCAUCACAAUCACUUCUUUGAUCUUCUUCUACCAAGCUCGCACAGAACACCCGAAUACUGAAAUAUUCAAAUAACAAAUUACAAACAUGAAUUCCAGCAACCCUCAAAACAACAGAGGCAAAGGCAAAGCCACUGGACACAGGGACACACUGGAAAGUAUUGUUGAUAAGUACGGGAGUGAUAGGUCUAGCGGCGAAAGAAGUGGAAAGUCUAAGGAGCAACCAGCCCCGAGCAAAGCCUCCUCUGGAGAGAGGUAUUUCCGGCCUAGCAGCUCUUUACUUGAGAGUCCUCCAAGAAGUGGUGGUAGAAGUAGCUCCGAUUCUGAUAACACCAAGACAAAGAAGAGAGAUGCCACUCUCCGAAAGCUCGAAGGGAAACCUUCAAGCAGUGGUAGAGACAGCUCCGAUUCUGACAACACCAAGACAAAGAAGAGAGAUGCCGCUCUCCGAAAGCUCGAAGGGAAAUAAUUCUAUGAACCCAGACAUCUCUUCCUCUUACUCCCCCCAGCAGGAAGUUGGUUGAAGAUGCAGUAAGAAAGCGUGAAACUCUCUGUAAGGACAGAGGGGAUAUAGGGAGCGGGGUGGGAGGCGAGCAGAAGGGAAUCAACUUCCUGGAGGCGCUGCACUGACGAGAAGGUUGACGGACAGGACCAAGUCAAAGCCGGAGACAGGCAGAGAGCUUGAUAAUCAGAGAAAAAGAACAAAAAAAUGGGUUUGGAAGGAGUCGCUGGCGUUAUUUGUAUCAUUAUAUAGAAUAGGCAU